AUGGUCGAAUUUCUAAACUCUGACUCCUCGAAGAUUACUAAUUUAAAUAUAGGAAUAUUAGGGCAUGUAGACUCUGGAAAAACUUCCUUAGCUAAAAUUAUUAGCUCUACACCUAGCACUGCGUGUUUUGAUAAGAAUACACAAAGUCAGGAAAGAGGUAUUACUAUCGAUUUAGGAUUUUCUUCGCUUCAAGUUGAUAUGCCAUCUCACUUAAAAUCGUAUACUACUAAUGAUAAACUUCAAUUCACAUUUGUAGAUUGUCCAGGGCACGCAUCUUUGAUAAAAACUAUAAUAGGAGGAUCUCAAAUUAUUGAUAUGAUGCUUUUGGUAAUUGAUUGUCAAAAGGGUAUUCAAACCCAAACAGCUGAGUGUAUUGUGAUAGGAGAAAUAACUUGUCAAAAGGGUAUUGUCAUUUUAAACAAAGUAGACCUCUACCCUAUUGAACAGCGUAAAAUAUUGAUUCAAAAAAUGGUAAAAAAAUUGCAAAAAACAUUUCAAAAUACAAAAUUUAAAGAUUCACCUAUAGUUUCAUUAUCCAUAACUGAAUCUCUUCAGGAUAAAAACUGUGAAUAUGGUAUCAAUAACUUAAUUGAAACAUUAAAAAUGGAAUCAUUUAUUCCUUAUAGAGAUCCUGAAGGGCCUUUCAUAAUGAAUGUAGAUCAUUGUUUCAACAUUAAAGGUCAAGGAACAAUUUUAACUGGUACUAUGUUAGCUGGUCAUAUUGCUGUGAAUGAAGAAUUGGAAAUACCAGACCUAAGUAUCACCCGCAAGAUAAAAUCCAUUCAGAUGUACAAAAGACCUGUCAAAAAUGCCAUCCAGGGUGAUCGAAUAGGCGUAUGUUUACCCCGAUUGGACAUUACAUUCGAACGCGGUUAUGCUUGUUCUCCGCUCCGCCCUCAUAAAUCACAUUCGCAAGACGAUUUACAUAAUCGCAAAUGUUUUACCAGUUCGAUAUACUCCUAUUCGCUUAAACGCGAUCCAGUAACUGCUAUUAUUGCCGGAUCAUUUUUGGGAACAGUUGCUAAUAUUGGAUCAGAGAUUCCUUUACGCCAUCUCAACUCUUCAGCCACCAUUUGCGUUAGCGCAAGACGUAUAAGGCACUUUCGGGGUGUAUGCAACUCCGAUACUCUUUAUCACGUGUCGAUUGGGCACGUGACACGAUUGGCUAAGGCGCGAUUUCUCGAAAUAGCUGGGCCGCGCUGCGAUAAAAGCGAUUAUGACGAUGAGAUCGAAUAUAUGAGAUUGGAUGGCUUGGAGAAUAACGAAAAUGGAGAUAACGUCGAAGUCAUAGCGAUUUUAAGCUUCAGCGAAGGCCCGGUUCUUUCGGCUCCCGGUUUUCUGUACAUCGCUUCUCGACUCGAUUCUGACGACUCCAUUUUGAAGGGCAAGAAAAACUGCCGGAUAGCCUUCUGUGGACGAAUAUUGAACCUGGAACCUGAAAAACUGAUCCGUAGGACCUUCAAACUCGCUACUCGCGUAGGUCUAGCGGAACGAAUGUUAGACGAAACUCGACUAAUCGUGUCAGCCAUGUUUAGGCGAGAAUCGGCACGCUUAAUUAGGGAUCACUUCGCCGGGUUCGACGUCGAAUUUUAUUCCUCCGCCAUUGAAAAUGGUCACAAUCUCAAAUUAGAUGACAUCCUGAAAAAGGUGUUGGAACGGGAGGCUUGCACAAGCGGUAGAGAUCUCUGUAAGAAAAAUUUCAAUAUGGGUUCGAGUCACCCGAUUGGCGAUAUUUCGAAUGAUAAACGCGAAACUAGUCCCCAAACUCAGGAACAACGGGAAAACUUGGAAAAUGCCAUCGAGACUCUUAAAAUUGAAUCCGUCAGCGAAAAUCCCGCUACAUAUGUUGACCACGAAGACAAUUCCGGCAGCAUCAUGACCAAGAUUCAGCCCGGCUCUAACGAUCCUAACAAUACUUCGCUAAUGCCCAUUUGCGUCGGAAAAAUUGAGUCGGCAUUCGGUCAAAGUGGCAAAGUGAUCGUUCGAAUUACUUCCGGUUCCCUUCCGGAGGCAUUAGCUAUGCCCAUUAAAACUAGCAAAAAGGGCGCCAAACGUUUCCCACCAAAACACGAGACCAUUCACGCUAUCUUGCGAUUCAAGCGAUAUCUUAACGAUGUCUCCAAAAAACCGUACCCCAUUUUUUAUCAGCGCAAAUAAUCUUUUUACCUUAAAAAAAACAAAAACUCCAACGGAAAGUAUUAUUCC